GCCCCAAAUUUCCAACCUGCGCUAGAAGCGGCGACUGAAGGGAUUGCAGGCGGCCAUCUUAGAGCUGCCGCGAACGCCGCCGAUUCAUCUCCUGCAUUUCUUUCUUUUUUUUCCUCGCUGGAUAAACCCUCAAGCCGACUGACGACAAGAGUAGAACGAGAACAAGAAGAAAAAGAAGGGCGCGUGUGUUGAAGUUUGUCGCGGCUGAACUCGAAGUCGGGAUGCGGUUCGGAAGGAAAGAACUCUUCGCAUCCGCCGUCGGACUGGUCCUGGCGCUGGUGUGCGCGCUGGAUGCGGCUAAAGUUAAUAAGCACAAGCCAUGGAUAGAGACAACGUACCAUGGUAUCGUGACAGAGAACGAUGACAAAGUGCUGCUGGACCCCCCCUUAAUUGCCCUGGACAAAGAUGCGCCUCUACGCUACGCAGAGAGUUUUGAGGUGACCCUCACUGAAGAAGGUGAGAUUUGCGGCUUCAGGAUCCAUGGACAAAAUGUCCCCUUUGAAGCUGUGGUCCUGGACAAGUCCAGUGGUGAGGGAAUCAUCCGGGCCAAGGAAAAGUUGGACUGCGAGAUGCAGAAGGAACACACCUUCACCAUCCAAGCAUACGACUGUGGAGAGGGACCUGACGGUGCCAACAUGAAGAAAUCCCACAAGGCCACUGUCCACAUACAGGUGAAUGACCUAAACGAGUACUCGCCAGUAUUCAAAGAGAAGUCCUACAAAGCCACCGUCAUCGAGGGAAAGAAAUAUGAUAGCAUCUUGAAGGUGGAGGCAGUGGACGCAGACUGCUCUUUCCAGUUCAGUCAAAUCUGCAACUAUGAAAUUGUCACCCCGGAUGUACCAUUCACCAUUGACAAAGAUGGCUUCAUCAAGAACACGGAGAAACUAAACCACGGCAGAGAACACAUGUAUAAGCUGACUGUCACCGCUUACGACUGCGGGAAGAAUCGUGCCUCAGAGGAUGUUCUGGUCAAGAUCAGCAUCAAGCCAACUUGUAAACCUAGCUGGCAAGGCUUCAAUAAGAGGAUUGAAUAUGAGCCAGGCACAGGAAGUUUGGCUCUUUUUCCUGGUAUGCACCUAGAGACCUGUGAUGAGCCAAUCACCUCCAUCAGAGCCACGAUUGAACUAGAAACCAACCAUAUUGGAAAAGGCUGUGACCGAGACACCUACUCUGAGAAGUCUCUACACAAGCUGUGCGGAGCCAGCUCUGGUACGAUGGAACUGCUACCAGCACCCAGUAGCUCUGCCAACUGGACGGUAGGACUACCCACCGAUAAUGGGCAUGACAGCGACCAGGUGUUUGAGUUCAAUGGCACCCAGGCUGUCAAGGUUCCUGAUGGCUUGGUGAGCACCAGCCUGAAGGAGCUCUUCACCAUUUCUGUGUGGAUGAGACAUGGCCCCGGGGCCCACGAGAAGGAGACCAUCCUUUGUAACUCUGACAAGACAGACAUGAACAGGCACCACUAUUCGCUCUACGUGCACAACUGCAGGCUGAUCCUUCUCCUCCGUCAAGAACCAUCAGAGAUGGAGAACUACAAACCAGCUGAGUUCCACUGGAAACUCGAGCAGGUCUGUGACAAAGAGUGGCAUCACUAUGUGCUGAAUGUGGAGUUCCCCACAGUGACGCUGUUUGUGGAUGGAUCUACUUUUGAACCCUUCCUGGUCACAGAGGACUACCCACUGCAUGCCUCCAGAAUUGAGAGUCAGCUCACCAUUGGUGCUUGCUGGCAAGAAAACUCAGGACAUGAAAAUGGCACUGAGACUGUCUCUGAGUCUUCCUCAGGCGGAAAUGCACGCAUGGCCCAGUUUUUCCGUGGAAACCUUGCGGGGCUGAUGAUUCGCGCAGGCAAGCUGGAGAACAAGAAGGUUAUUGACUGUUUGUACACAUGCAAGGAGGGCCUGGAUGUUCAGCUACCCGAGGAGGUAGCUUCCACAGUUAAGGUGGAAUUUAACCCCAACCAGUCCUCCCUUACUGUCGAGGGGGACGACAUUGAUGCCUUUGACAAGGUCAUGCAGCACAUCUCCUACUUAAACUCCCGCCAGUUCCCCACACCUGGCAUCAGACACCUUCGCAUCUCCACCACCGUCAAAUGCUUCAACGAGGAGUCCUGCGUGACCAUGCCGGAUGUUGAAGGUUACGUGAUGGUCCUGCAGCCUGAGGAGCCCAAGAUCAGCCUGAGUGGCAUUGACCACUUUGCCCGCAGCGCUGCCGAAUUUGAGAGCCAAGAAGGCGUGACUUUGUUCCCUGAGCUACGCAUCGUCAGCACCAUCACCCGUGAGGUGGAGGUCGACCCGGAAUCAGUAGCCACAGAGGGAGCAGAUGAUGACCCCACAGUCCAAGAGACAGUGGUAUCUGAGGAGAUCAUGCAUAACUUGGACACGUGCGAAGUGAAUGUGGUGGGAGAUGAACUGGAUGCGGAGCACGAAGGCCUUGAGGUAGACAUGGACGAGCUCCAACAACGCAGCCUGGAGAUGAGCUCUUCUCACCUCGGCCUUGUCAUCACAGGCGUGAACACCAUGGCCAACUAUGAGCAGGUCCUGCAUCUCAUCCGUUACAAGAACUGGCACACCGAUGUGCUCUUCGAUAGGAAAUUCAAACUGGUGUGCUCUGAGCUCAACGGGCGCUACAUAAGCAACGACUUCAAGGUCGAGGUGAAUGUAAUCCACACAGCCGGCACCAUGGAGCAGCUCAGCAAUGCCUUGGUGCAGCCCAAUUUUAUUAACCCUGUACAUCAGGCCUCUGUGGACCUGUCCGGUCACAACCUGGUCAACGCUCACCAGGCGUCAGUGGUUCCCAGCGCAGCCACCAUUGUCAUCGUCGUCUGCGUCAGUUUCCUGGUGUUCAUGAUCAUCCUGGGCGUGUUCCGGAUCCGGGCCGCACACCAACGCACCAUGAGAGAUCAGGAGAAUGGCAAGGAGAACGAGAUGGACUGGGAUGACUCUGCCCUCACAAUCACCGUCAACCCUAUGGAGACGUACGAAGACCAGCACAGCAGUGAGGAGGAGGAAGAAGAGGAGGAGGAGAGCGAGGAAGGGGAGGAGGAAGAUGACAUCACGAGCGCUGAGUCAGAGAGCAGCGAGGAUGACGAGGGCGGCGACCAGGAGGACCGGCAGGGGGCCAGCAGACAGCAGCAGCUGGAAUGGGACGACUCCACCCUCACCUACUAGAAUGCACGCACGCACACACACACACACACACACACGAAUCACUAAUUGCACUCAUUCAGAUGUAUAUCUUCACUACAUGAAUACAAGGAGCUGUGAUGUUUUAAAAAAAAAAAAAAAAAAAAUCCUGGUCAAGGUUUCCCUCUCGUCAUCUUAGUGGAGGUACUCAGUGUUGUGUAGUCAUCCACUACUUGUUUUAUUUAAUUUAUUGUAUUUGCAGUCAGAGGAAAUCUUGACCAAAAUUUCUUUUCCAGUGUGUCAGGAAGCCAACUGUGCACUUUUUAGUUUUCUCUCCCACACAAGGCUUCAAAAUCAUUUUAGAUUUGUUUUUGCAGCUUCCAAUCCACCAUGGUAGACCAGUGACUUGAAUUAAUGCUUUUAGGAAUGUUUGCUUGGUUUUCUUUACUUUGCUUUUUAACCUUUUAGUGCAUGACGAAGUCGUAUGUGUAGAGAGAUCCAUUGCUUUUAAAGAUGUAAAUAUUAAGAAACCAUGUAAUUAGUCAAUGUGCUCGUGAAGGCCUCCGCCACAGGGUCCAAUACCUACAAAUGCUUAGUAUUUGUGUCACGCCAGUUGUAGCAUGUUGCUGAAAACCUGUACAAAAGUGUCGGCUUUCAUGACCUAUGUUGUAGGGAUUAUUUUUCUAACACCAGUUUUUGCUCUCCCUUGCACACAGAGGACACUCAGCUCGUUUUACUUGCACGCGCACCCUUUUCAUUCCUGCUCGAGCUCACCACUGUAAUGAGGAGUUUCGGACGAGAGUUGUUAAGGUGGGCCGUGAGCAGCUUUAAAAGACAACCUUCCAUCCUCACCGUAUGUCAAAACCUAGCAGACCAGCUCCAAGUAAAGCGUCUUGUGACCUGUGAAGUAAAUUGUCCUCGGCAUGGUUGUUUUAAUGUGAAUUAAUAUUCAAGCAUUUAUCUCCAUGUGAAAACAAUUGAGUGUUUGACUAAAUAGCAGAGAGUGGGACUGCAGAGCUUGUUUACAUUUCGUAAACCGCAAUCCUCUUGCUCAUCUAAAUGACUACAUUUUGAUUUUCCUCUUGGCCAAUGUUGGGUGUAUAUAUCAUUUCCCAAAUGUACCUUUCAGGCACACCAAUAAGUAGAUUUGGGCCCCUUUUACACUGCCUCUUCAAGCCACCAUUAACUUCUGUAUAAAUGGCCCCAGCAGACAGAUGAGUGAUACCAACCCUCCCCAUUUCCCGGAAGGCCCAGGCAGCAUGGGUCUGUAGAACCCCGGCAAUUAUGGAAUUGUCAAAUAGGUUGCCAACUUUUACAGAAAGGUUAGAAAAAUGUCACCAAACUGGUGAAAAAAGUACCAAUGAGAAGACUGGAAGAAAGUUGACGUUAUUUUGGAAUGAGACGAAUUAGACAUCUGGAUUUCAGUUGAUCCUCACUUUUUGGAAAUCUGGAGGGUAGGUAUCUCUGGAACAGGGGCACCAAGUCCAUCCAUCCAUUUUCUUUUGCCGCUUAUCCUCACGAGGGUCGCGGGGAGUGCUAGAGCCUAUCCCAGCUGUCAACGGGAAGGAGGCAGGGUACACCCUGAACUGGUUGCCAGCCAAUUGCAGGGGUACCGAGUCAACUUGGUAAUUUUUUUGCCUUUGGAGGUCUGAUCAGACGCGAAAGGCAGGGCCAUGAUAUGCUCUUCUCCCGUCCCACUGCGCUGACAGCAGUUGUCGCUGAGGAAAGACUUUGAAUCUUAUUGCAGAAGUCACAGUUGCGGCAAGACCUCACUUUGCUGCUUUCUGUGCAAAAGGGUAAAGACAGAAAAAUGACAGAUAUUUGUUAUGUCUCAGAUGCAGGAUCAUUGAGUUGAGGCAGAUGAGAAGAAUGUCGUUUUGCAUGCAAAUAUGCUUUGAAAGAUUUUUGUGCAAAGUCCCCUCGGUGGCGCCCCCUGCCGGCCUGAUGAUGGGAGUGCCUUUUGCUGGCCACAAAGCAAUGAGCAGAUGUAACAAAGCCCUUGCUUCGAUUAAUGCCGUUUAAGUUGUUGUUGUUCAUUUGUAACUGUAAACUGCUCGGUUUCAUGCUGAAGUUAAUCAGUCUGUCUUAACAAUAGAGCACGGAUAGUUUUGAUUUUACAUAAUGUCGAUUUGUCCAUGUUGAUGUGUCGCUUCUGUAGAUCCAUUGUGUAUCUUCUAUAGCUAUAGUACUAAAUCCACCUUUAACCAGAUGUACAGUACGUAAUGACCAUACUUUGGCAGCAUACGUGAUUAUCCUGUGUGUGUGUGUAUGUGUGUGUGUGUGUGUGUGUGUGUGUGUGUGUGGUGGCAUUUUGUUGUUGUUGGGAAUCACAUUGAAAAUGUCUUUGUGUGUGUGCACCAACAAAUGAGAUUUAUGAUCAUCCCCAUUGAGCGACACAUCCCUCUCCCUAAUUGAAUCUGUCAGCAAUACUGCUAGAGUGAAACAAUAACAGUUCCAAGUCGCACGAGCCACAAGUUAGUCAGCAAUUCAUGAUGUGUGAGACUGGAGUGCACAGACGCGAUCCGCUUAUUCCGUCACACAUCUGUACCCCCCCCCCACACCUCCUCCCUUCUAUUGUUUUCUUUGACAAAUUUGCUCAAAAUGUGGAAAUGUUUUGCGAGUUGGUGGUGGAAGGUUCCUUUGUGCUUGUUGGGGCUGCUUUCACUUUUCUACGACCAAUAGACAGGCUAACUAUAGUCAAGUUGAUGCUUGCUCGUGAACAAAAUAAAGGA